GACUCCACUGCGACUUGCGACACAUUCAAUCGAGGAAGCUUAUCAUUACAUCGAGAGAAAAGUGUCUCCGGCUCCACCAGUCCGCGAAAGCUCUGUGAAGCUGCUAAUCCUGUCUUCCCCACAAACGCAUCUACCCCACAUUGGUCCACGAUGACCAUCCUAUCACCAAAGGUCCACACCUACCACUGUAUAUGUACCUCCCUAUUACUCGCCACAACACAUACUCUCUCCAGCUUGCCACGCCGAGCAGCACCAGCUCUUGACUCUGCUUUUAUAUUGCCUUUGCCGUCAUCCCCUCCGUCCUUCUCAGAACCCGAACCCCAGGCCGAAGAUGCGGAUGCAAACCAGGGACCAGGGGAUGGGGAGGUAGCAACGCAGAAGGAUAUGCCGCCGGAGGGGUAUAGUAUCCUUCUAGGCGUGUCGCAGGAUAAAAAGACAACGAUUAUCCGCCGCGAAGACGGAUUCGAAAAGCGGCUUCUCUUCCGUUGCGCUCGCUGUUCGUUGGUCGUGGGUUAUGAGAUCCUGAGCGAUAGUGAUGGUAUGGAUUUAGAUGGGAAGGAAAAGGCUAGUGAGGGAUAUCAGGGGAAGGUUAUUUACCUCCUCCCUGCGGGGAUAGUGAGCACGGAGGUGAUGGCUAAGAAAGGAACGGAUGACAAGGGUGCAAAAUGGAUCACCGAGGAUAAUUUGGAGAUCAGGAAGGCUGGAGCUGUGCCGGUGUUCGAAUAGUCUCUUCCGGGUAUCUGGUUUGUUUGAUGGUCUGGAAUGCAUAGCGAGGAAUCACAAAAAAGCAAGGCGUUAUGGGGAUAUCGCAUCAGAGGAAAGAAAGGAUAGAUGCAGGUCAUGUUCCUACAAUACACUAUUUCUCCACAGGAAGCCAAGUUUGAUAUCUGCUCAUCAUCCGUGGUCUCAUGCUGCAAU